ACCGAUAUCCGAAGUGUACGCUUUAGUGCCCGCUGCUGUGUCGGCGUUUUAUACUACCUGGGUAACACCGCGCCAGCCGUCGCCGUUGUCGUCGUUCGUCGUCGCCGCUACGCUACCGCCUAGACCAGCACCAGUACCAGUACCACCACCACCACCACCACCGCCCGACCGCCCGCGCUUUUCGUUUGAGUUUGAGUUCGAGUUAACGAGUACGAUUGUGUCGCGUCGUCCGUCGUGUGUUUGAGAGCGUGCGCACCCGAAGACACUCCGCCGAAGCCGAAAGCUCGCUGGGGGAUCGAUCUAACCAGAGCGCGCCUGUGUGACCAAAUCCAAGACCAAUUGUUGAUCGUGCCCAGACCCAGACGCAGGCGCACACCAUCAAAUAAUCAAACACGCACACAGCCACACGAAUUAAGAAUAUUUUUUUUUACUGUUUUCGCUUGAUGUGCAUUAUUCUUGGGCCGGAGACUGAAGAGUUAUGUUGGAAAAGUGAGCAGCAGGCCAUAAGCAAGAGCAGCAGCAGCAACAAAAAGCCGUAAACGACAAACAACACGGUAAUCAAUCAAAGUAAGACCGGAACGGUAAAAUAAUUCGAAUUAACCAAAACAAGAGCAUUAACGCAGACAACGAGACAACAGAAACUCCACAAUGUUUGAUGUAUUCGGCUCCGUUAAGGGGCUGCUGAAGAUCGACCAAGUGUGCAUCGACAACAAUGUAUUCCGGAUGCACUACAAAGCUACCGUGAUUAUACUGAUCGCCUUUUCGCUGCUGGUGACAUCCCGCCAGUAUAUCGGCGAUCCGAUCGACUGCAUCGUCGACGAGAUACCGCUGGGUGUGAUGGACACCUACUGCUGGAUCUAUUCGACAUUCACGGUGCCGGAACGUCUCACCGGUGUGACCGGCCGAGAUGUGGUCCAGCCUGGCGUAGGGUCCCAUGUGGAGGGGAAGGAUGCGGUCAAGUACCACAAGUACUACCAGUGGGUGUGCUUUGUGCUCUUCUUCCAGGCGAUACUCUUCUACGUGCCGCGUUACCUCUGGAAGUCGUGGGAGGGUGGACGCCUCAAGAUGCUCGUCAUGGACCUGAACAGCCCGAUCGUGAACGAUGAGUGCAAGAACGAUCGCAAGAAGAUCCUCGUCGAAUACUUCAUUGGAAAUUUGAAUCGGCACAACUUCUACGCCUUCCGCUUCUUUGUCUGCGAGGCCCUCAAUUUUGUGAAUGUGAUUGGCCAGAUCUACUUUGUGGACUUCUUCCUCGACGGAGAGUUCAGCACGUACGGCAGCGAUGUGCUCAAGUUCACCGAAAUGGAGCCCGAUGAGCGUAUCGAUCCGAUGGCGAGGGUCUUUCCAAAAGUGACCAAAUGUACGUUCCACAAAUAUGGUCCCUCCGGCGAUGUGCAGAAGUUCGACGGACUGUGCGUGCUGCCGUUAAACAUUGUCAAUGAAAAGAUCUACGUGUUCCUGUGGUUCUGGUUCAUCAUCCUCAGCAUUCUGUCGGGCAUCUCACUGAUCUAUCGCAUCGCCGUCGUUGUCGGCCCCAAGCUCCGUCACCUGCUCCUCCGCGCCCGUUCCCGACUGGCCGAGAGCGAGGAGGUCGAGCUGGUGGCCAACAAGUGCAACAUCGGUGACUGGUUCCUGCUCUACCAGCUGGGAAAGAACAUCGAUCCACUCAUCUACAAGGAGGUGAUAUCCGAUCUCUCGCGCGAAAUGGUGGAAGAUGAGCAUAGUGCUCAUAAGCGACCAUUCGAUGCCUAAAAUCUAAGCGAAGACCAACACAAAGAUGAAGAUGGAAGACCAGGACGAGGACGAGAACGAGAAUAAGAACGGGGUGCUCAUCCAUUCAAGGAGUGGGCGUGGCAGUGUGCCAGAGUGCCAUUUCACGCAGCCGAAAUUGGGUUAAGAUGCGGACGCUCCAAGUCGCUGGAUGUCAAUGUAGAUGAGGCCUUUCGAGCUAAUGACGAGCUAAUUGAACACAUAUCAACGAAUUCCAUGCUUAAAAUGGGAUAGAUGCAAAACGGGGUGUUAGCCAGAGAUGCAGUUGGAGUGGUGGCGAAACGUAUACUGCUAUAAACAAGAGAAAAUAUGAAAUAUGAAUAAUAAUAGUACACAAAUGAAUGUAACAAAUACUAGCCGAGUUCCAGGGGCUGGGGGCUACUCCCCCGAAGGCGCACGACAAUCAGAAUUUAUAUAUGUAUGUAUGUUCCGAAAGCCUCCAUAAGCCCCCUGGGCGAAAUCCAUAAAAGACAGGACAAAAGACAUUUCAACUAUACUUUAUUCUAUAUUGUACGAGUAUGUAUAUGUCGAGGAGCAGCUGCUAACGAAUUAAGUUAUGGGAUAAAGAUAUAUACCUAUACAUCCAGACAUAUAUAAUAUAUUUUUUAAUAAGCAAUUACACAGAUAUUUAUACAUACGAAGAGACAUACAAUAUAUAUUUACGAAUGCCACAUGCGAGUAAUAUUUAUGCUAAGAGUUGUGAUCAUUGAUUAAGACAUCUAAAAAAAAAAACGAGACAAAAAAAUCAUUCGGAUACACUAUAUAUCCAUGAAAAAAACAUAACAAUAAUUUACAAAUAGUAAAGAAACGCCAGCAUAAUGAGAACCCUACUGAUAACACUAAUAAUAUACAAUACACAUACACGCAUACAUAUUUUAAAUAUUCUAUUUCAAUUUUUACACAUAUAAUUUAGCAAUUUUCGCCAGAAAUUAGUAAUAGUAAUUUUUCAUAAUUUAAUAUUUUCUUUUUUUUUUGCAUAUUUUUGGUAGCAUUUAUAUAGUUUAGCCCAAUUUUUUUUUACACUCACGAGAAAUCAUCCAUACACGAGCGAAGAGCAAGGGAGAAAAAGCUAUAUAUUUAUACAAGAGAAAAAAUAAAAAAUAUAUACAUUAAAAACUAAAUGUAAGUUAAUGGAAAAGACAAGCAACAAAUGAAAGACUCAAAGGCAAUAUUUAGAAGACAGUUUAAAUCGAAAAGAAAUCAAAAAAUAAAUAUAUAAAAAAAU